GACUGAAGCAUUGAGUAAAGACUUGGUACAGCAGUGGUAUUUUGCACGAGCUUGUGAAAUUGAGAAGAAAUCCAGACUUGUAGAUAAUGCCAUUGAAUUUGUCAAAUUAGCCACAGAGAGGGGAGCAGAAAAUUUGUCUGAUUUGUUAGAUGAUCUCAUGGUUAUGGAUUUAAUGGUUUAUGAGUGCGGGGUUAGUGAUUCACUGACCUUUGCUACACUGCAAGAGAUGGCAGAUUAUGAUCGUCUUGAGUACAUAAUGUCACAGUCUUCUGAAGAAAUGUAUACCAAGAACCUGCGGCGUUGGAUGGUCCCCUUUCUGCAGCGCUGUGAACAGAAGGAGCCAAUGGCAUACAGCCGACUGCUGCGAGACUUUAUACUGACAAAAGCCAGAAAUUACCUUACUCUUGUGCUGAAAAUAUUUGAAACGUCCAAGCCAAACGUGCCAUCACCUGUGAUACACUCUGAAACAGAACUCAUGACACUUGUGUUGGACAGUCUUUAUUCUUGUGAAAGAAGUGAUCAGCUGGAUCUGGCCAUCAAAAUCUUUGAAUGUCUGCCAACACCGAGUCGUCACAAAGAAUCGCAAGAGAGCAUGAGGCUACACAAACAAAUUGAUCGUCUGGAACAGCACAUAAGUGCUGCAAAGAUUUUACAAGGCCAUGGUAUAAACAAAACAUUAGCAAGCAUCAAAGAGUCUGGGAAUAAUCCUGAAGAAGCCAGAAGUUUGUUGGUCAAGCUGACAAGACUGGCAAGUAAAAGGCCUCUCCCUUUGAGUGACUUGGAGUGGCACAAGCUGCAUGAGGAUGUAAUGUCAUUACAGAGGAAAGUGUACCACUGCAUUGCUCAGAGUGUCUGCCAUGAGAUAUUCGUAGAGAGCUUGAUGUGUUCUGGAAGGCAAGAGACAAUUCAUUUAGCAGGUAUGCUGAUGCUGGAAAGAAGCUCUGUGACAACCAAAGCAAAUCAGUUUCCGAAAGUAACAGGCACUGAUAAAGUUCCCUAUUCCAGGGCUGUUGAACUGGUGUUAUCUUCAGCAAAGGAAUACUUUGAUUCUUCUGCAAAUCUUAAUGAUCCCUGUAUGGAUCUUGCAAGGUCUUGUCUAAACCUGAUCUUGGAUGCUCCACAACCGGUACAGGAGGAGCUGGAUUUAAUUGCUUCCCUGGCACUGUUGGAUGAAUUUGGUGUACCAGUGCUCCCUCUUCAAGUUCGCUUGAGCAAGAAUAGACUUGAACUGGUGAUGAAGGCAGUCUCCACUAAACCUACCAGCUAUAAACAGACACAGAGGCUAUUACGGCUUGGCCAUUUAUUGUGUAUACCUUGCAAAGACAACAAUGAAAGGGAAGGAAUGAUCCUGCAGAUGUGUGCUGAAGCAGCUGUGACUGCUCUGGACUAUGAAUUUGCCUACCAGUGUUGCGAGCGCCUUAUUAGUCUCUGCUAUAGUCCAGCAUGGAAUGUCUGUUGUAAGCUUGCUGAACAAGAAGGCUUCCGAAAAAUUGAGGCUAAAGCUAAACUGCUGACUUUUGCCUUGACAUACUGUAACAAGGAGAUGAUACAACCAGUUCUUCAGGCACGUUGCCUGCUGGAAACUCAGAUCCUUUAUGAGCAGAUCAAUAAAAUUCUGAAUGAGGAUAAAGAGUCAGAUUCACCAGCUUCCAGAGAAAGCCCCUUUUCUGCUCGGGCAGCCAUCAAACAGACUCAGCAGAUUCUCUCAUCAACAAAGAAAACCACUUCUGCUGUCUUAUCCACAAUGACAGAUGCAAAAUGGUGGCAGAGUGCUGCAUCCUUGCUGAAACAACCACAUCACCACAAAGGAGGGGGUGGUAGUGGUUUGAAAGGAAAGGAUUAUGACAACGCUGGUUUUAAAAAACAAGGGUGUCACCCGUUCUAUGCUGGCAUCAUCGAAGAUUGUUGUGAAGAUGUGCGAGCUGCAGACUACUGGGCAACAGCUGACAUUUUUUCAAGCACAGAGAACACCUUAAGUUACAACUUACUGAGAACAGCAAAGUUAGAGGAGAUGCUUACACAAGGCGAGAAACAACAGCUCGCUGUUGAAGCUCUGAUAGAUUUGGCCAAAGAAACAAUGACUAGAGACACAACUCUAGGCUUGGCUUACCUGCUGGCUAUUCCUAAGGACUAUGAUUUUGACAGCUUCUUCGACAGUUUCCCUAGCACUGACAUAUCCCUCCAGUUGGCAGUGUAUUUCUACGCUAUCCAGGUGUACAGCACCAUGCAGCCUUAUACACCCCCUCACGUGUAUGCUCUCUACAGACAAACACCAUCAAAGAUAAUCGGUCGAGUCCUUGAUUACAUUGCCAACAGUUCUGAGAGUGAGAGGCCAAACGAAGUCAAAACAAUGGUUAAAAAGCUGCAAAUGUAUCAGGAGAUGCUGGAGGAUUUCAACCAAGCGUGUACUCUUCAAAGACUUGGCAAAGGUCAGAGCUUGGAUGAUGAAGUUUACAAUAUUUCAUUGUCAUUGGCCAAGCGUUAUGCUCUUCCAUUGUGGGAUGUGUAUUUAUGUCACCUAGAAUAUUUGUUUUCUGACAGCGGGUUGUCAAUUGAGGAACUUCAGACAAGAGUGAAUAAACUUGAUAUACUGAAUACACUCAAGGAACGAAGUUCAGAGUUCACACAGCGUAUGAUGACCCACAUAUACCCAACUCUCGCCGGCACAGACAUGAGAGGUCUAGCCUACUUCUUCAGCCUACUGGAAACUGACAACAACCAAGUUUUAUGUGGAUUGACCCCAUCAGAGCAUGCUACAUUACUCAAGAAGCUGAAACCAGCAUGUCCAGGUUUGGAUUACAAGAAACUAAUGGACAGUGACACAUCCCCUCUUGAGGUACUGCGUCCUUGUCUUACUGCAGCUAACAUCAACACAUUAGCCAAACUGGCUUCACAAAUACCUGACAAGGAGGGAGGUUUCCUCAAACCAAGCUCAAUAUAUGGCUGCUGGGCAAGCCAGAUUUUCUGGGGUCAGGAUGGAAACCAAAAAUUACUUCCAGAAAAUAAGAGUGCCUGGAUCCAUCGUUAUGAAUCAAUUGGUGAAUGGAUUCAGAAACUACUGCCAGAGGAUCUUUUAGCUUUGAUUGACAACAUUGUUUUUACUCCAACUGCAAGAGUAGAGCUGGAUGUCCCAUGUCGAACAGAGAUCACAAAAAGAGCAUUGAAGUUCUCCAAACAAAGUGGCACUGGAAAAAAGAAAAAACUGGAGGACUCUGGAAAAAUGACCUGGGAGGAAUGUUCUCAAUAUUUGCAGACGCGACUCUCUCAUCUCAUGUCAUUAACCAAUGAUACUAUUCAGUCAUUUGCCCAAGCAUCUGAUCCAACAUUUUCCAUGUAUGCAGAAAAAUAUGACCUGUCUAAAGGAGAUUUGCAAGUGGUUGAACUGCUGUUAGUUCAGAUGAUAUUAGAUGGUCAGGCAGUGGAGUUGGUGGAUGAUAUUCUGCAGGUAGCGCCACCAAGUUUACUGAAAACUCGCAAGAUUGUGCAGCGUGCUGUCUCCUUAAUAGUCAAGGCAUUGAGGGGGGACAAUGGCAUACAAGAAAUCAGAGCAAGCAAACCUUGGUUGGAAGUGCUGCAAAUGGUUGUUGAAAAUGUCAGGAAACAUCAAGAUAAUGGGGGAGAUUUAGUACAAGCUGAAGAUGUCAUGUCCUUACUGAGAUCUUUCUGUUCAGAUGCUUCCAUGGAUGUAACCCCUCGCCUGGAUGUGUUAAAGGUGUUAGAAAAAGUGAGUGAAGAGAACAUUGCCUCUGAGGAGUCCAGACUGACUUUGUUUUCUCACCUCCUAGACAAGUGUGACAGCAAGGAGCACUUUCUUACACUGUGUCGUAUCCUCAUUCUGUGGCCACCAUUUUCUUCUGCCUGCAGCUCGGAUCUGAACAAAAACCCAUGGGUCAAAGUGUUCAGUGCUAUCCUGUCUUCACAAGACCUUGGGGGAGAAACCAUAUGUAAGGUUAUCAAAGAUGAAUGCUUAGAAUUCCCACUGGAUAAAAAGUGCACGGAACAUAUCUUUGAACUUCUUGUGCAACAUCAGCAGCCUGUAUCUGCUGUCAAGAUUAUUUUGCAGUCAUCUUAUGCUGACCUGAUAGAAAAGGGCCUUGCUGUUCUCUCAACCUUGACAGAGGGCAUAACUGAAGAAGAUCUGCUGAAACUGAUUUUAAGCCGCAAGCUCAGUUCAAGAGUGGUGUCAAUGCCUGUAUUCUCUCAUCUUAUUUCCUAUGUGCUCAAUUGCCAGGCAUUGCCAACUUGUCCAGAGUAUGCAUCACCUUCUGAGAUUGCCUCCCAGCUACAUGAAGCAGGUGCAGAGGCAGAAGCUGGCUCACUUCUACUACAAGCACGUUCUAGUCAUUCAUUGCUCCAGACUUUCAGCUCAGCACUUACAUCAGCAAAGUACUGGUUCAAGAAAUCAUAA